GCGUCAGCUAGCGGCCUACGUCAUCAACGCGCGCCGUCAGUCGGUGUUUUACUGCUCCAGAAUGUUUUUUGUUUUCCGACAGAAACGGAGAUGAAAGUGAGUUUUUAGAGGAUUGAAGCGUCUCACGGACUUUAUGUAUUUUAUUUACAGUUUGUUUGUUUUAAUUUGAAGCUGCUGCCGGAAGGAGAAAUCAGCUGUUCGCUCUGAGUUUGUCCACGUGGUGGUUUUUAGAUGAUUUUAUAGUUUUAUAGUUAAGCUAAAAACAGAAAGAAAACAUGACGGGAGGCAGAAAGAAGAACGGAAUCCCGGACCGGUGGCUGGAUUACUCAGCGGUUGGAAAACGGCUUCACGGGACUCGAUUCAUCGCCUUCAAAGUUCCUCUGAAGCAGGCUCUGAACCGGCGGCUCUCCUCCUCCUCAGACGUCUUCAGUCACUGGGAUCUUCUGGACGCUUUGAAGAAACAGAACCAGGAACUGGGUUUGAUCAUCGACCUGACGUUCACCAGCAGAUAUUACAGACUGACGGACGUUCCUCAGUCUCUGCUCUGUGUGAAGAUCUUCACAGCUGGACACGAAGUUCCGAGUGACGAAACCAUCCUGAGCUUCAAACGAAGCGUCCGGCAGUUUCUCCGAGAAAACCAGGACAACGAUAAGCUGAUUGGAGUUCACUGCACCCACGGCCUGAACCGAACCGGUUACCUGAUCUGCAGGUACCUGAUCGACGUGGACGGCAUGGAUCCCAGCGAGGCGGUGCAGCUGUUCAACUCGUCUCGAGGUCACGACAUGGAGAGACAGAAUUACCUGGACGACCUGCAGCGAGGACCGAGGAGGAGUAAUGAUGGGAUGGAGGAACACGACCAGGAGCCUCAGAAAGGUCAGGCUCUUCAUCCUCCAGGUCUGACUUCAUCUGACGAGACAAGAAGUGAUUCUAACGACGGCUGGAGCCAACGAACUUUCUGUGGUUCUUCCAGAUCUUUUCCUCCCAGAGGUCUGGUCCAUCAUCCUUAUCACCGCCUCCCCCCUCCUCACUCCCCGUCCCGGUACCACUGGCCCCGACCGGAGAACCUCCGGUCCAGAUACGAUCCACCGGAGAACCUCAGGUCCAGAUACGAUUCAGCGGAGAACCUCCGGUCCAGAUACGAUCCUCCGGAGAACCUCCGGUCCAGAUACGAUCCACCUGAGAACCUCCGGUCCAGAUACGAUCCUCCAGAGAACCUCCGGUCCAGAUACGAUCCUCCUGAGAACCUCAGGUCCAGAUACGAUCCUCCUGAGAACCUCAGGUCCAGAUACGAUCCUCCUGAGAACCUCCGGUCCAGAUACGAUCCUCCGGAGAACCUCCGGUCCAGAUAUGAUCCUCCACCUCCACCCCCCCUGCCCUGGUGGGACCAUGGAGAACCUGAAGAGUUCUGGGAGCCCAAACUGAGGCCCAGAUCUCAGAACCGACACAGAACCAACGGGUACGACUACUGAGGUUCUGUAGCGACUCACAGAACCGACAGAACUUUUAUUAUUAUCUUCUAAAAUAAAAGAAAACUUUGUUUGAACUCAGAUUCUGUUCAGUAAAUAAAACAUUAAAACCUG